AUGGCUGUGAAGGAGAUUGCUGCCGCAGUGGAAGCCUUCAUCAAAGCGAUGGGGUUCACUGGCGGUCGCCAACGACAGCCAAGGCGAAAGCGGAGGCAGAGGAAUGGGACGAUGCUCCAGUGUUACAAGUGCCAGCGGCUGGGGCAUACUGCGCGCGGGUGUAAGAACGCCGUCGCGUGCUUGAAGUGCGCGGCGGCUCACGACACCCGCAGCUGCACGAAGCCUCGUGGGGUAGCCUGCUGCUGCGCGAACUGCGGCGGACCACACGCCGCCAACUCGCGUAGCUGCGGCUACCUCCGCAAGUCACGCCUACCCGCCGCACCACGCCCUGCGGCGACGUCAAGCGCCUCGUCGGCCGCCCCGCCCCCCCGCUACAGCGAGGGGUGCGAGCCGCGCCGCCUUGAGGCCGCCACCGAUGAAGCUAUGGCCGGCUUCCAAGCCGCCUUCGCGGCCGAAAAGGCCGCACUGAAGGCGGAGCUCGCAGCUGUGCAUCGCCAGCUCCAGCAGCUGCGCGAUGAGCUGCGGGCUAUCAAGAAGAAGCAGCCUGCCUCCGCCGCCGCCCCCACCGUGAGUCGACCGGUAGGGGUCGAUGCGGCCACGCAAACAACCGCCGCUCCACCCCCUGCAGCAAUGCAGGACGUGGCGCCUAUGGAAACCGACGAUGCCACGCCACAGUCGUCACACUCCAAGGCAGCUGCAAGCAAGGGUGCUAUGGCAGCGACAGACUCCUCCCAUGUCGAGAAGUCUACCGCCAAGAAGUCACAGCUACUGAAAAUACCAGAUUCGCACGAGCUGCAGCCAUUCCUCAAGAACAUAGCGGCGUCGCUACAGGACGGGUCAUACCCAUUCGAGCAACCGUGCUAG